UGGACAAAUGAAGAAGAGGGAGCUUCAUCGGGAUCCCAGUGGGAAUACGUUUACAUCGUUUGUUAUCCAAUCUUACUAACCAUUUGCACGGUCGGGAAUGUGUUAAAUUUAACGAUCCUCGGCAUGGUCAAGGAUGCUCAAAAUACCACAAUACUACUAUUAGCGCUGGCGGUGGGCGAUUUGUUAACAUUAUGGUCCCAGGUACCGCAGUAUAUGGGGAUCGUCACUCCGGAGAUUUUCAAUGCUACUUACACAUUUGAUUACGUCAACGAUUAUGUACAAGGCGCGUACGUUUGGUUGCAGGUGGCGGCACCGGAAUUUGCUGACUGGAUUUUAAUAGCGUUCUCCAUCGGUCGCGUGCGUGCUGUAAUCGCCCCGUUGUCACAUCAAGGAGCAUCCCCAGCCAGAACAUCACGUGUUGUCAUCGUCUGCGCUUUUUUGUAUGCCGCUGCUACCAGCCUGUAUACAGCUGUAACCCAGUACUACCUGUUGGCAACCCUUGAUAUCCCGACAUUUGACAUCGAAACCGGUCGACCUGUAAUACGAAACCUACCGUACUGGCUCGACACAUGGAACACCGCUAACGCACUCUACAAAGAUGUGGAAGUCAUUGUCGUCUUCGUCAUAUUUUUAACCUGCAACAUUAUUAUUAUUCGCGCCAUUGUACAGCGGCGCCGGACCACAUCGCUGCGCAAAACAUCGACCAGCACCGACCGCAAGCAGACCAGCGGCAAAGCCAUUCUAAUAUCCGCCGUUUCCACGUACCUAGUCUGCAUGUUGCCGCAGACGAUCAACGAAAUCCUGGAAAUGCUAGCGCGAUAUCCCUACUGCGUACGCGAAUACCGCAUGUAUGCGACAGUAUGGCGUCCCGCUGAGCUGCUCAUGCUGAUUCCGUACUCCUUCAACUUUUACCUGUACGUUGCCUUCAGCAUGAAAUUCCGGAAGGAGGCUAGAUCGACAUUUCGCCGGAUCCUGGCCAGGUUUCCGUGCCGUAGAGGGAGAGUGGCUGAUGGAUGUGCAUCGGGUCAACGAAAAGGCAGCGAAACAUACAGUGUGGUAUUUCAAGUGGAUUCCAGAAGAGCCAGCGAUGCGCUGGUGGUUAAGCUCAGCACCAGCAACCCAAGGAAAGCUCAAAAGUCGCCUAUGGAGUGACUGUACUGACCAGUGAAUAGUGAUGCGUUUGGCAAGAAACUGAUGGACACAAGGGCAUCAGUACUGCGACAGCGAUUAGUGAUUAAAGGCACUGCUUCGGUUGCCAUUUUGUUGCUUCUCAGACUGAUGCUGCUUUCAUGCACUUGGCUUUAAAUCCAAG